AUGCCCAGAGCCGUCUUUGUCUCGAAUGCUCCAACGUCUAAAUUCAUUCGUGGACGAACUGGAAACCUCUCUAUGGUCGACCAAGCUCUUCAAGGGAGAGGAGAAAACCGAUUCGAGUUCGUCGCUUGGUGGGUUUUCUACAGUGUCUGCCUGUGGGGUGCCAUCACUGCUCUCCUCACGAUGUACACACUGUCUGGUGCCAACCGUGGAAAGGCUCAAACCUUUUUCAACCGCGACGAGGGCUCGACUAUGUUCAACAAGUUUACUUUCAUUGGAUACACCUUCGGAAUGGCCUUCUCCUUCUUCUCCUACAUUGGCUCUGCCAACGCUGAACGACGAUCCUUGUCUCUGGCUCUCUUUGGAAUCAAGUUCAUCGCUUGCUCCACCUACUACCUCCAAUGGAAGAAAUUGACUCCCGCAGUCAUGAUGCCAUCCGGUGUCCCAUGGUUGACUUCCCGUAGUAUGGAAUGGAUGUUCUGUACCCCUGCCUUGAUGUGGGUCUACCGUCAAGUUACAUGUGCUUAUGAUCCUAUGCACAACUCUCUUGCCCUCGACAUUAUCAUGGUUGUCACUGGUUGGUUGGGUGCCAUCAUGAAGGAACCUUUCGCUACUUGGAUGAACACCGUCUCUUGUUUGGUCUACCUUCCAGUUAUUGACCACCUUAUGGACAUGUUCCAACGUGCUAUUGAACGCAAGACUGACUGCCGAUUGGACAAGCAAUCCUUGUAUAUGGCUAAGUGGAUUGUCUGGACCGCCUGGUGGGGAAUGACUGUCGUCUACUAUUUGCAACGUGACAAGUUCGUUGACUUUGCUACCGGUGAAGCCUUAUACUUCUGUUGUGACAUGAUCGCCAAGGUUAUGUUUACCUUCACUGUCUUGAUGGCCACCACUGAACGUGUUUAA